AUGGUUAGACGAGAUCUUAUUGUUCAACAAUCUGUUGAUGAGAAUCAACUGAAUUCUGUAUGUGAUAUUCAACCACUGCUGAAUGAAGUAGGGCUGCUGAAGACUGUCACAGCCAUCUGCCCAUACUCAAAGCUCCUCACGUAUGAAUUCUAUUGUAAUCUCAAUGACGAGAUUGACAUCUUAACCGGGCCACGACCAAUGCAGAUUUUCAUUAGAGAGAAGUGGUACAUCUUUGGGCCUGACAUGAUCAACCAAUACUAUGGACUGACUACUGUGCAAGAAGAGGCAAUUACAGACUGGAACUUGGUGGCCAAGACUCUAACGGGUGGACAGAUUGACACUUGGCCUACGGGUGACAAGGAUUAUCUGCAGAGCUCUCAACUCACAUCCAGAUAUGUUAUUCUGCAUCGUCUGGCUCUUCAUAACUGGCUCCCAUCAGCUCACUUCCACACGGUUGGUAAGCACCUGGCUGGUUUCUUGUACCAAAUUGGAACAAAGAUGCCGAUUGAUCUGGGAAACUGGAUUUACAACCACAUCCUCACCAUGAUCCAUCCACGAGAGCAGAAAGUAAGGCUACCCUUUCCUAAUCUGAUUUAUGGCAUUCUUACAACUCAGGGUCUUGAGCCUAUGCCGAGUGAAGUGAUAAGUCCAACUCUGCUCUAUACUGUUGAUCGGCGUCUUUUGACUGGAGAUCACAUUCAAGAUGUUAUACCGUUAAAGGCACGGGUCUCUGAGCUUGAGAUAGUUCACGGUAUAAUUGCUAAACAACUGACUGGGGCCUGUACUGAGCUGGCAACCGUUCUUCUUCGUUUAAGCCUAUCUGAAUCUGCUGCUGCUACUGAACCUGCGAAAUCCGAUAGUGACACUCCCUCCAAUGCAUGA